UGCCAGCACUGUGCCCUCUCCCAGCUCCGGCAGGGCCAGGAUCUCCCACGGGGCAGCCACACAGCGGCCUCUGCUGCCUUUCUCCAGUCAGCUCCAGCACGGCAGGACAGGGACUGGAAAUGAAUGUCAUGUGGAAAAAAGCCAGCAUGGUAUUCUGUUGAAAAGAUAGACUGUGUAAAUGAUGUCUGUUCCGCCUCAAAGAAAAAACACAGGUAAGUCCAGCUUUAGUUGAACAGCAUGAAGUUAACCAAAAGUAAGGCUUAGGUUUUGUUUAAAAAAAUUAUAGAUGGAAACUGCCUCCCAACUAAAAUGUACUCAUUAUGUCUCUGAAAAUAAAAGCAAGUGGGGUAAAAUUUGUAGUGAGAUUAUAUUAAUAGUAAGUAGCAUUUGAAACUCCGAAAGCUUAGAGUUCGCAUAAAAGGUAUGUGUAAAACUUUUAUUUGGGAAUGACUCCAGAUAAGAAAUGGUUUCUUUUUCUACUUGAUUCAUUAUAGAAUGAAUUUUCCAUUUGUACGGGGCUUGAGAAUCACAUAGACAUCACUGAAUUUUUAUUUUUCCUCUCUCUGUUUGUGAGUAUUUCACAUUAGACAGUUUGUCCACGUCCUGAAAUAAAUACAUGGGAGCUUGCUUCAGCAAAGACACGAUGGGCCAUAUGAAUUAAGGCUAGUGCAACAGAGCAGCAAUGGCAAUUUGUUGGACUACUGCGCUGGUCCGGCGUAUAGCUCUUACCCUUCACUCACCGGCAGCAUCACGAUGGACGAUAACAGAAGGCUUCAAAUGCUGGCAGACACAGUGGCUACUUUGCCUCGGGGACGAAAGCAGCUUGCUUUGACCAGAUCAAGUUCUUUAGGUGACUUUUCCUGGUCUCAAAGAAAGCUUGUUACUGUGGAAAAGCAGGAUAAUGGAACAUUUGGAUUUGAAAUUCAGACUUACAGGCUCCCAAAUCAGAACGCCUGCUUCUCGGAAAUGUGCACUCUGAUAUGCAAAAUACAGGAGGACAGCCCAGCUCACUGCGCUGGCCUGCAAGCUGGUGAUGUCCUUGCAAAUAUCAACGGCGUGAGCACAGAAGGCUUUACCCACAAACAAGUGGUUGACUUGAUCAGAUCGUCAGGAAACCUGCUAACGAUAGAGACUCUUAAUGGAACAAUGAUUCUCAAACGCACAGAGCUUGAAGCAAAGCUGCAGGUUUUAAAGCAAACCUUGAAGAAAAAAUGGGUGGAGUUCAGAUCUCUGCAGUUACAGGAACAGCGCCUGCUUCACGGUGAUGCAGCUAACUGCCUGAGUUUGGAAAACAUGGACAUGGAGGAGCUGUCUUUGUUUGGAACCCUGCCUGGUCCAGGCCCGGUACUUGUAGACCGGAAUCGAUUAUCCAGUGAGAGCAGUUGUAAGAGCUGGCUCAGCUCCGUGACGAUGGACAGCGAAGACAGCUACCAGACGUGCAUGUCUGAGGACUCCAGCAGGGGCGCCUUCAGCCGGCAGACGAGCACAGAUGAUGAGUGUUUCGUCCCCAAGGAUGGGGAUGAUUUUCUGAGGAGGUCUUCGUCAAGGAGAGACCGCAGCAUCAGCACCACCAGCAGCGGAUCUAUGUCUCCCCUGUGGGAAGGCAACUUCUCAAGCAUGUUUGGGACCCUGCCUCGGAAGGGCAGAAAAGGAAGUGUCCGGAAGCAACUCUUGAAAUUCAUCCCUGGCCUUCACCGCGCUGUGGAAGAGGAAGAGAGUCGCUUUUGAGGGGUGGUGGUGCCCUUUCAAAUUAGCUUAUUUCACAAAUAUCUCUGGACUCAUCUAGAUCAACUCCACCCAGCUUAGUGGGAAAAUACAGAUGGAUUGCUUAACUGACAUCCCAUUUCACGGCAGUAAUGACCUUUAUUUAAGUUUUUGCAUCAUUGUUUUUGCUUCUUAAGUCAUUUUUCAACCAGAACAGCUGUUCUCAGCAAACGUUAGGGAAAUCAAGUAAUAAGUUAGAUAAUAUAACAAAUUAAUGCAAUGGCCUGCUCAUUCUAAUGCUGCCUGUGAAAGCAAGAGUAAUAUUUAUUUUCUAGAUUAUUCAUGUGAAAAAUGGAGAACUUGUUGGAAUCAAGUGUAAAUAAAGGAGUGACAAAAAUAUAAUAACCUACAAAAAUAUAAUAACCUACCAUAGGAUAAUUGGUAGGUUACAAAAUCUUUUGUUUGCUUAAGCUUAGUAGCUCCUGGGAAGGCUUAAUAAUAGGCCAUUUUGAAUGUUUCUGUUCAAAUCUAUGAAUGGAUUAUAAACAAAGAUGACCACCAGCCUUUUCUCACUCCCAUAGUGAUGAUAAAGCAGGAAGAUUUAUUAAUAUGAGGGGUUAAACUUCCUUAGAACCAUGGAAAGAUGUGGUCUGAGAUGGGUGCUGAUGAAGAUGAUAAUAAGGACUCUUUAAUAGGCAGUCUAAACAAAAUCGAUGGAAAUCUCAUUCAUUUUCCUAAUUUGACUUUUGUUUUGCCUAAACAUUGAUGACAAGUCUAGAACUCUCAGGAUCCUACAGCCUUGUGAUGAUGAUGACGACUACUAUUAUUAUCUUGCUACAAAUGUCUAAAAACCAAAAAGAGAGUUGGGAAAAGAUUUUCUUCCUGUAGAUUUUUUCACAUUACUUCCUACUGUAUGCUAUAUAUUCCAAAUAGUUACCACCUCAGCAGUAUUUUGUCUUGUCUGUUGGUUAUGUUAGUAUCACAUUACUUCUAGCCUUUAAAUCACUCUAUAUUUUAUUCAAUAUCUAUUAAAGUCCAUGAUUUUUCUGUUAUGGUGACACAGAUGUUCAUCAACUAUAUUCUAGAGUAGGUGAUUUGGACUAUGUAAUAAAUAGUCCUUACUGAUUUUAAGCUCUGUGUCUGUGUGUUUGUGUAUGUGUGUGUGAGAGAGAGAAACAGAAACAAGUUGCCUUUGAGUAGAACUGGUACACUUAAGUAAAUUUCUGAUUAAUCUAAAGAAUGAGUUAUUUUGAGGAAAAAAGAGGGCAGGGUAAGGAAGGUUAUAGGAUAAGAAAUAAGUAAUAAAAUUGAAAUAUAAAAAGAUUUCUGGUUGGGAUCUGCUUUCUGUCAAUUCCUUGAAUCCAGUGGACUUUGCAUGAGGGUUGUUCAGAUGAAAGGCAGCAUGUAGCACCUUUCACAGAAACAACAGCAACCUGUCUACCAUUUCUGAAUGCCUAGCAGGCUAAAGGCACUUUACAUGUGAUCCCCAUGGUAACCCUACAGUAGGUGUUAGGCAUACCGAUAAGAAGGCGGGAAUUUGGAGACGUUCCCAUAGUCACAUGGCUCAUCAGUGUCAGGGCUGAAAUUGGAAGCCAGUCCUUCCUGGCUCUAGCCUAUUCUCGUCUCUCUAGGUAUCAUUUACUCUUUUGUGAUCACCACAGUACUUUUUAUUUCACCAGCAGGAAUACUUAAAAUUUAUAAUUGUAGAGACUGCAUUGUCUUUGGUAAAUAGGAAAACAAACAUUUAGGGUGACUCUCUUGGCCUCCACAGGCAAGUUUUCAGAUAUAGGCACAUUAAUACCUGCAUGGUUAGCAAUGCAUUUAUUUUCAAAAAGAGCUUGCAAACCAGUUAUGAUUCAAUUGGUAUUGCUUAUUUCUCAUCAUGGUCUAGAAUUGUCAUGUUAAAGAUCUGCUUGUGUGAAUGCAGCAUUUCCUGUUAGUUCUAUUGCACAAAGCUCAGGGGAAAGAAAUAUUAUAUUUGAAAAAAGAUGACUUUAAGUCUUCUACAGUGUGAAAAAAUGCUUUAAGAAUGACCACAGGUCCUAUGGGAAAGCAGACCAUAGAUCAUUUGCUUUUCUUGUGGCUUUAGUACAGAAGUGUAAUAUUAGCUCUAUGAUAGUAGACAUCGAAUGCAAAAAAGAGGCAGGGAAGGGACAGAGUAGGUAUUACUUUAGUUUGUGAUGAGAAAUUAAGUCAAGAUUUAAGUAUGUUCUGGGAAAAAAGAAAAGCACUGGUUAACCAAGGUACAGGAAAGAAGGUCAUGUUGACGUGUUCAUAAGCUGUGAGAAAACUAGCAUUUGUUUAGUGGAAAUGUGGGUAAAUUUCUCACAGCAUAGCUUUUCGGACUAAGUCUGACCUCAGCGGAUCUUUAGAAGAACCUUAUGGUGCAUAGUGACUCAUUUUGAUAUAAUUUACUGGGAAAAAAUUAAAAAGUAAUUUUUUUUACCUGAAGUUGCCAAGUAUGUAAUAUUGGUGAAUUACAUUAAUUGACAAUUUGUUACAAAAAUGCAUUUUUUAAAAUGGCAUUUGAUAAAUCAAAUUUGAAUCAAACAUAUUGGGAAUUAGUUUAUUAUGUGACUGAAGGGAUGACACCAUGUCAAACUUAUUGGCAAUAUAUUUUUUGAAACAAAUUUUUAUUCAUUAUUUUAUACUUUGCAAUUCUUUUAUAGCUUAGGUGCAUGAUACAAACAGUAUUUAAAAUCCCAGUUUGAACUGAAGAAAUCAAACUUGGACACAGUUUGUAUAUAUUGAUCACAAAGUAUUAGUAUUUAUGAAUGUAUAGAGACUAAAUAUAUUAAAUAAUACAUAACUAUGUUGAGCCCUUUGGCUCAUAAAACUAUUGUUACUUUUAACUGUCCCCUUAUAGAACUAUGAGCUAUGAAAUCAAAAUCUGAUAUCUUUCUUAAAUAAAGAAUGCUAUUCUUCAGUGUC